AUGCGAGAGUCGAGCCAGACUGCAUCCCAGGGCAUGGACUCCCUCAUGCCGCCGGCGCCGCCGCAACCGCAGAACACCGAAGAUGAUUGUUUCCCACCAAAGAAUGUAUUGUGUAGGCAUGAUGAAGAGCAACAUCUCCAGAACUAUGAUUGGAUCAGCACAAUGCCGGAUGAUAUUUUAAUUGAAAUUCUUUCCCUAAUGACAAUAAGUGAGGCAGCAAUGACUGGUUUUCUUUCCACCAGAUGGAGGCAUGUCUGGAAAAAAAUCGAUCAUCUCAUCCUUGAUUCCUAUACUUUUGGGAUGCAAGAGUUAGAGAAGUCACGUUACCAUGAAAAUCCUCUUUUGUGGAAUGAUGUGGCUACAAAGUUUGUUCACAAAGUAAAUGGGCUUUUGCACAGUCGUUAUGGUAACAAAAUCAAGGAAUUAAUUAUCAGAUUCCCAUUAACCUCAGCCCAUGCUUCUAAUCUGGAUCACUGGAUUGAGUCUGCAAUUGUCGCAUCUACAGAAAAGCUCUUCCUUGACCUGGAUAACAAGUGUUGCAAGGAAGGUUGCACAAUUUGUGUGAAAGGCACGAAGGCUGCUUCAGAGCCAUAUGACUUUCUCUUGGGGCCUAUUUUUAAUGGUAGAGCCGACUCGUUGGACGAAUUGACUCUUUUCAAUUGCAAUAUAGGAACAAUGCCUGCAAAUAUGAGUGGGUUCUCAUAUCUUAAAUCCCUUCUACUCGCCCGUGUGUCAAUUGUUGAUGAAACCGUUUCAAGUAUUAUGUCCAACUGUUGUGCUCUUGAAAUUAUGGUCCUACAAUAUUGCCAUCAAUUGGUUCAUUUGACGGCUUCUCAUGCACGGUUGCAAAUCUUGGUUGUUCAAUUUUGCAAAAGCUUGGUUAGUAUUUGUAUUCGUGCUGACAACCUUGAGUCAUUCGCAUACAUGGGCUACAAGAUCAAUAUUGAGUGCGAGCGUGCACAAUUUCUUGAAAUGCUCCAUGUUUAUUUUGUGAACAAGGACGACUGCCCUUUAGACUUCAUAAGUGCAUUUCCUAAGCUUCCCAAGCUAGAAUUUUUGGUAAUCCAGUUUCCUACAUGCUUACAGGUAUAUCGUGUGUUGCAGCAUGCUUCAAGGUUUGCUGGUUUAACAACAAUUAUGUUAGUUCUCAUGAAACCUUGGAAAGAAGGCAUUUCCUCGGUGGCUUAUGUUCUCAAAUCAGCUCCUCUAAUAGAAUAUUUUGGCCUACAUGGUUGUUGCAAGCUUCAUCAAAAUACUCAGUUGAACAUCACAUGGCCCGAGGAUUUAAUACUUGCACGGCUCUACACUAUUAUAAUUGGUGGGUUUAGUGGGGAAUUCGAACUAAUGGAACUCGUGUACUUUCUCCUAAGGAGCACACCCGCGUUGGAUGUAUUCGAAAUCGAUACACGCGCCAUGGAGCCAUGGUUGGCCAGGUCCAACGAAGAUAAGUUGCAAGAUGAGAUGAGACGUCGUUAUGCAAGAGAGAUGGCUUAUGCACACUUGGUUCCCAAGGUCCCAUCCACCGUGAAGUUCCAUAUUAUAUGA